GGUUCCUGUCGAGCACCCGGAAGUUUUACAAGCGCACCAAGACCCCGGAAGUUGUGAGAUCUUACCGUUCAUGCUUGUUCACGUUCAUAACAACAGAAAGUGUCUGAAAAGAGGAGAUAAACGAGCCCAUUAAACAUGUCCGACAACGAGGAUAACUUUGAUGAUGGAGACUUUGAUGAUGGCGAGGAGGAUGAAGGAUUAGAUGAUCUGGAAAACGCAGAAGACGAGGACCAGGAGAACGUUCAGAUCCUCCCCGCAGGUGAAGGCUCGCAGGCGAACCAGAAGAGGAUCACAACACCGUACAUGACCAAAUACGAGAGAGCCCGAGUCCUCGGCACGCGAGCUCUCCAGAUAGCGAUGUGUGCUCCUGUCAUGGUGGAGCUGGAGGGAGAAACAGACCCGCUGCAGAUAGCAAUGAAAGAGCUGAAGAGCAGAAAGAUCCCCAUCAUCAUCCGCAGGUACCUCCCUGAUGGGAGUUAUGAGGACUGGGGCUGUGAUGAGCUCAUCAUCACUGACUAAACUCCACAUGGAUGGAAUCAAGUCAGAGACACAGAACUCCCCUGUUCACACAGACCUCCAUGAGGGACUCCAUGAGACCCAACAGACUCUAAAACACACCACUGCUGUAAUAUCACUCAGAGCCACAAGGGGGAGCUGUAACUACUUGUUUUAUAGAAAGAAUCCUGUGUUGUGUUUCUUUGAGAGGAGAAAGAAGUUUCUAUUAUGAUGAAUAAACUCUUUUGUAUAAAUGA